GUUGCAAACACAAAAGAGAUGAAAGAGACAGCCAACUUACUGGAGAAAAAGAAUGAGUCAGAAACUCAAGGACGUCGCCCUGUUCGGAGCAGGGCAGUCAUGGAAGGUGGGGACUCUAGAGAACAAGGCAGUUCUGCUUCCUGUUUGCCAGUCAAGGAGUCAGAGGGACAUAUAUCUGUGAUCCAGCCACUAGUGGCAUCAAUGCAUCUCCAACCAAUGCAACAGCAACAACAGCAGCAGACUCAGUCGAUGCCUGUAGCGCCUGCCAGCAAGACAUCUAAACCACGUAAAGUGAAAAACAUCAAAUAUGACAGCAUCAUCUCUCAGACAUUUGAUGGGAAAAUCCUCAGUUCAGUUCGAUGUCUUAACUGUGAAACGGUUUCAACAACCAAAGAGACUUUCCAAGACUUGAGCCUUCCCAUCCCAAGUAAGGACCAUCUGUACAUGCUUCACUCAGGGCAUCCUCUUGCAGGAGGUGUGAACCCACCCAAGGGAGGCACAUGUGGGGAGGUGCAUCAAGGCUGGUUGGCUUGGAUGUUCUCAUGGAUGAAGAGCUGGUUUAUUGGACCAAUAAUUACACUCCAAGAUUGUUUGUCUGCAUUUUUCUCUGCUGAUGAACUCAAGGGAGAUAAUAUGUACAGCUGUGACAAGUGUAAAAAACUUCGCAAUGGCCUGAAGUAUUCAAAAGUGCUUGAGCUGCCAGAGAUUCUCUCAAUCCAUCUGAAGAGAUUCCGACAUGAGUUUUAUUCAUCGAAAAUCGGUACAUAUAUUUCAUUUCCCAUGGAAGGGUUAGACAUGGAACCUUAUCUUCAUAAAGCAUGCAAGAAUGAAGUGACCCUCUAUGACCUGAUUGCUAUAAUUUGUCACCACGGUACUGCAGGCGGUGGUCAUUACACGGCAUAUUGCCUGAAUCACCUGAAUGAGCAGUGGUACGAGUUUGAUGACCAGUAUGUCACAGAAGUGGACAUCAGUCAAGUCCAGAACUGUGAGGCUUACGUUCUGUUUUACAGAAAAAAUAAUAGGAAGAUGGAGAGUCUGCGGCAAAGGAUGAGCGAACUAGAGAGGAGUGAGCCAAGCAUCUUGAGAUUUUAUCUGAGCAAACAAUGGGAAAGUCGCUUUUACACAUUUGCCGAGCCUGGGCCAAUAACCAACAAGGAUUUCUUAUGCAAACAUGGAGGUGUCCCACCUGGAAAAGUGAGCCUCAUAGAUGACCUGGUGAUAGAAAUUAACCAGUCCACCUGGGAGAUGCUGUAUAACAGGUUUGGAGGUGGACCUGUAUGCAACCACUUGUAUGUUUGUAAAACUUGUCAGUACGAGCUAGAGAAGCUACGACAGAGACAGCUGAGCGAGAAGGACACCUUUAUUCAGCUGAAUGAGGAAUUUCAGGCAGAGGAACACACAGCAGCAGUCUAUGCAAUCAGCAUGGCUUGGUUCAAGGAAUGGGAGGCAUUUGUGCGGGAGAAGACAGACAUACCCCCUGGUCCUAUUGAGAACAACCGUAUUGUUGUUUACAAGAAUGGGCAGCCAACCUUGAGACAGGCAUCAGACUAUGGACAGCUGUCUAGGGAUAUGUGGCUGUUUUUGCACAGGACUUAUGGUGGAGGACCUGAGUUGAUCAUCCGACAGUCAGCUGGUGCUUCUGUAAAGCCUACAUCAACCUCACCAACACCACAACAGAAUCCAACAAUAAAAACAUCAGCCCCGACAGCUGCAUGUACCUCUUCAUUGUCAUCUUCAGCCUCAGUAUCUGCUUUGACACAGACUUCUUCAAACGCCUCAGCAGCGACCUCACAUUCUUACUUGCCACAGUCCUCUGUAACAUCCUCCGAAAUGGCCUCACAGACCACCUCAUGCCUGACUCACGAAUCAUACUCUGCAUCCUGCCCAGUGCCAUCCUAUGCAUCCACAGCUUCAACAGAUGCUUGUGACAGAAACCUGGACUUUGAAAACUAUAAUCUUCAGUUACAGUCGCCAUCUGUUGCUAAGGCUUCAUCUUCUCCUUCUGUUGCUAACAAGAAAACUGCCAGUCAAGAAGUGCCAGGUGUUAACCAAAAACCCAGUCCUAUAAAACCAGUACAUCAGAAGCAGCAGUUGAAAGAAGAUGGAGCUAGUGGAAGCACUACUGCGAAACAGGAGUUGAAUUUACCCCAAGUCUCCCAACAGCCAGAGGUCAGCAAACAGGAGAAGCGGACAGCACAGUCUCUGAGCAAGAGCAUGGAAGAUGUUAGUCACCAGAUCUCACCUUCUAAGUCCGUGAAAACACACUUAGAUGUGGCUGCCAGUACAAACAGGCAACCUCAAGAGGCUGGCCUUCACCAGUCACCCUUGAAAGGCAAAUCUGCCUCCCUGACAUCCUUUAUACCAGUGCCUGCUUCAUGUUCAUCAUCUUCACAGCUGCAGAGCAGUUCCAGUUUUACAAAGAUGGCUAGCGUGUCCUCGGAUCAAGCUGAGACGUUCUCGUCACAGGAUGAAAUGCCAUCUGGCUGCCAAAUGUCAGAUGGGGAGACCUCGUCUCCUUCCGCUGGAGGAGAUUUGAAAACCUCUAUUGAAAGUUUGCCAGACAGUGGAGUGGGCACCGACUACAGCUGCAGUGGCAAUGACCUCUCAUCCCUGCCAGGAAAUCUGGCCAGAUUAGAAUCGCUGAAUGUAGAGCAGGCACAUUCAUGUGAAUAUAAUAGAGACUCUGAUAUGGCUGUCAAAGAAAACAACCCGUCAAGUGUGCAUACACUGGCAGUAUCCAAAGACACAACUGCAGCAACAACAACAGUCUCGCAGCGAAAGUUAGACACUAAAGCAGUGUUGAGCCCGGUGCCAUCAAACACAAAUCAUGCUAAGGGAAAGAAGAAAAACAAGAAAGGAAAAAGCAUGGAUGUGACAAGAGUGUAG